CCGUCGAUACGCACGAUGCCCCCUUCCGCUCCGCUGUCCCCACCCGUCUUAUUUAAGAAAGCCUCGCCACCCUCCCCCUCCAUUCCACCUCCUCUCCACGCGCGCUGCUGCUCCUGCUCCCCUGCACGCACGCUCGCCGCCGCCGGCGCCAUGGCCGCCUUCACCACCACCGCCGCCGGAUCCGCCGUCGCCUUCGCGCGGCCAGCCAAGGCAAUCAAUGUCAGUUCAGUCUCUUUCGCUGGUUUAAGGAAGAACAAUGUGGCUUUCACUCUGCAGCCAGUGACACAAAGAUUUGCAGUUCUCCGUGCUGCCAAAAAGGAAACAGUGGAGAAGGUUUGUGAUAUUGUAAAGAAGCAGCUUGUACUUCCUGAAGGCACUGACGUUACUGGUGCCUCUAAGUUCACCGAUCUUGGUGCUGAUUCCCUGGAUACGGUUGAGAUUGUUAUGGGUCUUGAAGAGGCUUUCAAGAUCAGUGUCGAUGAAUCAAGCGCGCAGUCAAUUGCGACAGUGGAGGAUGCUGCUGAGCUCAUCGACAAGAUUGUUUCUAAUGCAAAGUAAACUCAAUUUCGUUGGAAUAAUGUGUCAACUGUCAAAGAGAUUAAACUGCUGUUGUUGUUCGAUGUCCAUUUUUCUGUGCUAGAUUUUACUGUGGAGAGGUGCCUUAAUAGCACAUGAUUAUCAUUGGCUGUUUUGCGAUGCUAUGACAUUUUAAGCUAUUGAAGUUGUUGAAAAAGAAAUUUCAUUGCCGAGGAAAUCUAUUUUCGCUAGGUCUUUCGUCAA